CGUUGGCCAAGCUGUUUUUACGUUGGCAGCAUUGAAAUUUUAUGGCGCCAUAACCUUAAAAACGUCAAAAUUUGAAAAUUUUAACAACAAAACAAAACAUGAGACGCAGUAAAGCCCCCAGUCAGGUUUUAAAGAGUAAUGGCAGCCCUGUGCAGAAUAAACUUGUUAUUGCAACUUCAAACAGUAAAAGGUUACGAGACAGAUCUGUUCCAGAAAAAGAUACCAAAAUACGAAAACCAUUGACUCAAAUUAAUACUGAAAUUAUAUUUGUAUCCGACCACGAGGAAUUAAUAAAAAAGUUACAACGGCCAUUUAAAUGCCCCAUACCAAACUAUGAAGGGUGUAAUUCCACAAGAAACCUUGGUAUUAGAAGGUCACAGGUUAAAAGGUCAUUGUAUGACCCUAAUAUGCCAAAUGCAUUGGUUUUAUAUACACCUCCUGAGCUAACUGAACAUGACAAACUAAAAAGUGAUAAUGUCAUUUUAGUACAUGUAGUGGUUGACCCAUUGCUGGGUAAUAUCCUCAGGCCUCACCAAAGAGAAGGUGUUAAAUUUAUGUACGAAUGUGUCACUGGGGUAAGAAUACCUGAUUGUUAUGGUUGCAUUAUGGCAGAUGAAAUGGGUUUAGGUAAAACUCUGCAAUGUAUUACAUUAUUGUGGACUUUGGUAAGACAAGGACCUGAGUGUAAACCAACAAUAGAAAAAGGUAUAAUUGUGUGCCCUAGCUCAUUGGUUAAAAAUUGGAGUAAUGAAAUAAAUAAGUGGUUAGGUGGCAGACUAAGUAACAUGAUAAUGGACGGAGGACCGGACAUAAAAAAACGCCUCACCCAGUUCAUGCAGGGUCAGGGCCGUACCGCAGUCCCAGUCCUCAUAAUAUCCUACGAAACUUUCAGAAUGCACGCGGAAAUCCUGCACAAAGGCGAGAUAGGUCUGGUUUUGUGCGAUGAAGGGCACAGACUGAAAAAUUGCGAGAAUCAAACUUACAGGGCUCUUAUGGGACUGAAGGCUAGACGUAGAGUGUUGUUAAGUGGGACACCCAUUCAAAAUGAUUUGUUGGAAUAUUUUAGCUUGAUACAUUUUGUCAAUGAGGGGUUACUUGGUAGCGCUUCAGAGUUUAAGAAGAAGUAUGAAAAUCAUAUACUUAAAGGUCAAGACGCAUACGCGACAGACAAGGAGCGAGAAGUUGCCUCCGAAAAAUUGCAAGAACUUUGCUCCCUGGUCAACCAAUGCCUUAUUAGAAGAACAUCGGCUCUUCUUACAAAAUAUUUGCCAGUAAAAUUCGAAAUGAUAAUUGUCUGUCAACUAUCGCCGCUUCAAAAACAGAUUUACUUGAAUUUCAUCAACUCCGAGAUCAUCAAAAGAACUGUAUGCAGUGGCGAUGAGAAACAGAAACAUUUCAGCACGUUGGCUAGCAUAACGAGCCUGAAGAAGCUAUGCAACCAUCCCGACUUGGUUUUGGAUAAAAUUCAGGAGGGUGCCGAGGGUUUUGAAAAAUCAAGAAAUCUCUUACCACCACUGAGAGGAGAUACCGACGUUAGGCCGGAAUUAUCAGGAAAAUUAAUGCUACUGGACUGUUUUUUGGCCAAUUUAAAAGCGAAUUACGACGAUAAAAUUGUCCUGGUUUCAAAUUACACCCAAACUUUGGAUUUGUUUGAAAAACUGUGCAAGAGACGGGGAUAUCUUUACGUUCGUUUGGAUGGCUCGAUGAGCAUUAAAAAACGUGCUAAAGUCGUGGAAAGUUUCAAUAAACCCGAAUCCCCCGAAUUUAUUUUCAUGCUCAGUUCGAAAGCGGGCGGCUGUGGGUUGAAUCUGAUUGGUGCAAAUCGACUUAUAAUGUUCGACCCCGAUUGGAAUCCAGCCAAUGACGAUCAAGCAAUGGCUAGGGUUUGGAGAGAUGGCCAGCAAAAACCUUGCUACAUCUACAGAUUUUUAGCUGCUGGUUCAAUAGAAGAAAAAAUCUUCCAAAGACAAGCACACAAAAAGGCCCUAAGCAGUACAGUAGUGGACAUGAAUGAGGAAACAGCUCGACAUUUCAGUGCUUCAGAAUUGAAGGAACUUUUCAGAUUAGAAGAAACAGAAUCUGAUACUCAUACAAGAUUAAAGUGUAAAAGGUGUUUGAAUAAAAUACAGAUAAAAAAUCCACCAGAUGAGGCUGAUUGUACUUCGGAUUUAAGCAAUUGGUAUCACUGCUGGGACAAAAAAGGGUUGGCAGAUAUGGUUCUAAAACAAAUAUGGGAUAUGUCAAAAUACAUUUCAUUUGUUUUUCAUCAAAAAUCCGCUUGUCAAGAAGUAAAGAAAGUGAAAAUUUUUCAAGAAGAAGACCCUGACUUUAAUGAAAAAGAACAAGAAGAUCUUGAUUCGGACUAUUCCGAGUAAAAUAUUUUAAAUAUUAAUGUUAUUAUUAAUAAAUU